AUCAAGCCACUAGGCAUGCAGACUGCUUCUACAAACAUUUGUGAAAGAAUGGGUCGCUCUCAGGAGCUCAGUGAGUUCAAGCGCGGUGGUACCGCGAUAGGUUGCCUCCUGUGCAAUAAGUCCAUCCAUGGAAUUUCCUUGCUACUAAUCAUUCCACAGUCAACUGUUACUGGUAUUAUAACAAAGUGGAAGAAACUGGGAACAACAGCAACUCAACCACAUAGUGGUAGGCCACAUAAAUGACAGAGUGGGGUCAGGCAAUGCUGAAGUGCACAGUGUGCAGAAGUCGCUAACUGCAGCGUCAAUAGCUAAAGACCUCCAAACUUCGUGUGGCCUUCAGAUUAGCACAACAGUGCGUAGAGAGCUUCAUGGAAUGGGCUUCCAUGGCCGAGCAGCUGCAUCCACGCCUUACAUCACCAAGUGCAAUGCAAAGCAUUGGAUGCAAUGGUGUAAAGCAUGCUGCCACUCUAGACUAGAGAACAGUACUUGCCUGACUGCAUUGUGCCAAGUGUAAAGUUU